UAGACUAAACUCUACCUACACCGACAAUUCAUAUCCAGUAUUAACCGCUCUUACUAACCCACCGCUGCCCUCCCUCACUUCUGCCCUCUAUGUCCAGCACUCCCAAAAUUAUGGUCAGCCCUUCCAGUCUCAGCCCUGGAAUUCACGGCGCCGCUGUUUCGGCUGCGCAACCGUGGCUCCGGAUGCUCACCUCCGUGUGGGGACUUUGCACCCCGAAGCGAAUCCGCCUCGAAGAUGACCUGGCAAAGGAGCCCCAGAGGCUGGCUCAACAGUCCAAAGUCAUCUGCAAGCAGAUGCUGGAGGACCUCAACUACCCCGGCGUCCCGCAACUCAAGCGCGAGUCUGUGGAAGCGCUGCUGAAAUACAUGCAUAAGAGAGCCGUCGAAAUUGGAUGGCCACUCGAUACCCCUCUGUCCCAAAAGGGGUUCCGCUUGGGCUUCUCACUAGCUGCGCUGACGACCUCGCAGCUCUGCCAUCCCCGUCACCCGGUAGAGGUGCAGGGUUACGUUGGGCUCUUCACAUGGCUCGUCGUGCAAUACGACGAUAUCGUCGGUCAGAACGAUGGCGGCAUGGACGAGGCCCAGAACUUCCAGAAGCGCUUCGUCAACGGCGAGACACAGCCGAAUCCCAUGCUCGAGGGUCUUGCGGGGCUGCUCCGGCAGGCUCCCGACUUGUUCGACCCCGUCAUGGCCAGCCUGCUGCAAAUCUCGACGCUCAAGUUCAUGACGUGCAACCUGCUGGAGCGCCACAUCGGUUUCCAGAAUAUGAAGACGACGCGGGGCGCCGGUGUCAAGUUCCCGGAGUUCCUGAGAGACCUGUCGGGCAUAAAUGUGGCGUACGCCGUCUUCUGCUUCCCCAAGGCCCAGUACCCCGACGUGAGUCAGUACCUGGAGGCCAUCCCCGACAUGGCAAGGGUUAUUGAUAUUUCGAACGACGUUCUUUCCUUCUACAAAGAGGAACUUAACGGCGAGACUAGAAACUAUAUUCACAACCGCCAAAUGGCAACGGGAAAGGACAUCUUCGCCGUGCUCGAAGACGUUGCGACCGAGACUGUAGACGCCAACAACAGAGCUGCCGCCAUCCUCAAGGGCAGGGGCAUCUACGAACAGUCCAACGAAGAGGCAGGCAGGGGCCUCCGCGCGAUGCACACGACGAACCCGAGAUACAGGUUGCAAGACUUGGAUCUGGCCGAAGAGCACCCCCUAGCUCCGUACGAGGACCUCCUGGUCGAGCUGUUUGGCCGAAAGAGAGCCUGAGUUUCUAGAGACUCUGUGACUUGGACUGCUAAGUUUACGAUGUUUUUGCGACUUUUUGAAGAGGCAUGAGAUGAGAUACCUAGGGAGGCUUUCUGAUUUUUCGUUUUGAUUUUAGUUUGUGCUUGGCUCGGCAUUUUGGCAUUUUGUUUGCGGUUGGUUGGUUCGAUUUGGUCUGCACUGCAUGGCUGAGCACUCUGAGCGAAACGAUCGAUUACUGCACUGCGAUUGAGAGAAAACCGGGUGUUAAUGACAGAUGAGAAACUCUGGGAAAGAGGCGUGCCAGAUAUGAAUUUCAACAAUUGUAUGU